CAAGCCAAAUGUAUGGGUGGACCUACGCGAUCAUAUUUUAUUGUGCCUCGAGGCUGCAAGUGUUUAUCAUGUGCUCUUAAUUGGAAGAGAAUACUAACUGUACAAUACAGUAUGUGAUUGUGGUUUUAAAGGGGUUACUUGGACCUGACCUGUAUAUUUCAGUAAAUUUAGCAAGAAUUUGAGGGGGGCAUUUAUAAUGAUCAUUGUCUGAACAGAUAAUACGAUGUGAAAAUGGUGGAUCUAGGCUAGCUAAAUCCAUUAACAGGCUUCUUAGAACUGGAUUUAAACAGGCUGUUUAACUGGACCUCUGAUUGGGGAUUUAUUCAGGAGGGAACAUUGCAACAAAAUGGAGUAUUGCUUUUUAGUAAACAUUUCUGAUUGACCACAUGAGAAUGACAGUGAAACAGGUUCAUAAGAAUUAUUUUUGACUGGGAAUGGGCGAUUUUUGCAUGCAGUUCAUAAUCUGGCCUUUAGAUGCCCAUGUAGCAGCAUCAUUGUAGCUGAGAACAGCUAGCUAACGCGUAUCACAAAUAUCCCCAAACCCUGGGGCUGCUUUUCACUAGUUAGCUAGUUAAUGACUAGCUUUAUUGACAAAAUAUGCAGAAGUAUGAAAAGCUUGAAAAGAUUGGAGAGGGUACAUAUGGAACUGUUUUCAAAGCAAAAAACAGAGAAACGCAUGAAAUCGUGGCUUUGAAAAGAGUGAGAUUGGAUGACGACGAUGAGGGGGUGCCAAGUUCUGCCCUGCGAGAAAUUUGCCUCCUGAAAGAACUGAAGCAUAAAAACAUUGUGAGGUUGCAUGAUGUUCUGCACAGUGACAAGAAGUUAACAUUGGUGUUUGAAUUUUGUGACCAGGAUCUAAAGAAGUAUUUUGACAGCUGCAAUGGAGACCUAGAUCCAGAAACGGUCAAGUCAUUCAUGUACCAGCUGUUGAAGGGGCUUGCCUUCUGCCACAGUCGGAAUGUUCUCCACAGAGACCUGAAGCCACAGAACCUUCUCAUCAACAGGAAUGGGGAAUUGAAGCUGGCUGACUUUGGCCUGGCUCGAGCCUUUGGAAUCCCAGUGAGAUGUUACUCGGCAGAGGUUGUGACGUUGUGGUAUAGGCCCCCAGAUGUGCUCUUCGGUGCCAAGCUUUAUUCUACCUCCAUUGACAUGUGGUCUGCUGGAUGCAUAUUUGCAGAGUUGGCAAACGCUGGAAGGCCUCUUUUCCCGGGUAAUGACGUCGACGACCAGCUGAAGAGGAUCUUCAGAUUGUUGGGUACACCAACUGAAGAACAGUGGCAGACAAUGACAAAGCUCCCAGACUACAAGCCGUACCCCAUGUAUCCAGCCACGACCUCACUGGUGAAUGUUGUCCCCAAACUCAGUAGCACAGGACGGGAUCUGCUACAGAAUCUUUUGAAGUGUAAUCCUGUCCAGAGGAUCUCUGCAGAGGAGGCAUUGCAGCACCCCUACUUUGCUGAUUUCUGCCCACCGUAGAUGAGAUGCCAAAACACGCGUCACUUAACUGAACCUCAGACAUCGGACUCGAUCCUCUUUCUCUCCAUCUCUACAGGACCUGUCUAUCCUGACUCCCUGCAAGACUCAUCUCCCAGCAGCACCUGUUUUAACUAAGACUUCCCUUCAGUAUAUCCUGUUGUGCCUCCUAAUGGAAUUGAGUCCUUGUCUGCUCUGCAAGAUUUUAGGUUCUAUUAGCAAGCCGGUUUGUCUUCUCUUUGUCUGUUAAGCACAUUAAGCGCACUGACAUAGGAACAUAACAUGUAGCGAUGAACAAUUCUGCACCCGGAGAAACAGUGAAUCCUUCUGAGCCAAUAGCUGCACUGCAGAGUAAGCGGUUUGAACAAUUUCAUUAGUGUGCUGCAUAAUGUACUGGCAAAAAUGUAGUUAUUUGGAUACAUUCUUCAAAUCGUGUUUGUGCCACUGCUGUUAUUAACGUGUCAAUAUUGCAUUAAUAGUUUAUGAUAAGAUUGGAGACAGUCUUCCUUGUCCUUCAUCAUAAUCGAAACCAUUUCCUGCUUACUUUAAUAGGAGAUUGUAAAACAGAGGGGGAGGAUUAUUUACAUUCAUCAGCUACUUCUCAGGCUCUAUUUAGCUUUUUGUAUAUUUUGUGCACUUUGGGUAAAUGGCAUUUUCUUUUUUUAAAUAGUUUCGAUCUUGUCCGCGGUCAAGUAAAGUUGAACACAAAGAUGGGGUCAACAUAUGUGUUAUGAACAGUGGACGUACUUGAGUAAUUACUUUUAUUUGUUUUGUUUCAUUUUGUAACUUUCUACCAUCUUUACUCAUUGACCUGAUGUCUUCUAGCUUAAUGAAAGUGAAGUGAGAGCGGAGGACAUCCGUUGAUACUUAUAUUACUACAUUACGAUUGUUUUGCACCACUGACUUUAGCUGUGUUCACGCAGAUGGGUAACUUAAUUUUUGGCAAAGAACUAGUAAGUUUUGCAGUGUUAUUUUACUCCAGGUAGUCGCUACUUAUCCCACGAAAGCCAACAUUUUUAACUCUUCUUUUGAGGUUGCUGUCAACUACCAAAACUUUGGUUUUGAUCAAUAGGGAAGAAAUAUGUCAUUUUGAUGUAAGAGAAAAUAAUAGAAUGCAUGUAUUUAUUGAUAAUUGAAUGUCUGCUUAUGAUGCAUUUAGUCUCUUUUUUUUAUAUAUAUAUAUACACAACACAUUACCUUUCAUGAGUUGCAAUGUUCUCCUUAUUAAAAUAAUGAAACGCGUGACACUUAGUACUUUAAUGCUUUGGCUGUGUGUGUGUGUUUGCAUCUGAGUUGAGUUGGGACAUCACAAGAUUCCAUUAUCACAUGUAAAGACAAGCAAUUCCCUGUGCUUAUUUUUAGAAAAGAGUACUGUAGAAUAUUAGUUUAAGUAUGACAUUUUAAUCUUUAUUUAGAAUUACGAGUGAACUUUGCACUUUCCUGUUAUCAUAGUUUUAUUGUAGGACUUGGGUUAAGUAUUUAGACACUUGCUGUCAGUCAGUGGUCUCAACAGUUCAAUAAAGUGGACUCAAAAGUU